AUGUCAUCAAAAGAUGACACAGGUCGAGAAAAGCUGCAGCCGUCAGAAGACAGUACGAAUCGGCCGACAGAAUUAUUGCGUCCUGAUGAAGAUGCAAAAGUGGCAUUUUCCUUAGCGCCAAAAAAAGCAGCCAUUGAGGGGCCAAGUACGUCUGGUCUUGCUUCAUCUCAUCCAGUGUUUGAUGUCAAAGUAAAAAAAGAAGCGAAAUCGGAUACGCAAUCAUCACAUAAACAUCACGUGAUUGCUGGAACAAGCAAAGUGGAGAAGCAGGACGCGAAGCCGAGAAAGUCUGCGCUGGACGAAAUCAUGGAAAUGGAAGAGCGGAGAAAGGAAAAGCAAAACAGAAAGGACUAUUGA